GGACGAAGGGAUGGAAGCGAGAUGCCGCUAGGCCGCGGAUGCUGGCAGCAAGUUCCAGGCGGUGGCUCAGUGCUCCAGUGGCCGCGUGCCCGAGCGAACCGGACGAUGGCCAAUGCUCGCGACUCUGCCUCCGAUACCAGCCGUCCCGGCUGAGACUGACCGCCCCAUUAUCCCGCAACCGAGGCUCCCAAACAUGAUCGCGCGGCUCACCCUCGGCCUACUCGCACUGGGCGUCUGCUACGGCAACCCGGACGCCAAGAGGCUCUACGACGACCUCCUCUCCAACUAUAACCGGCUUAUACGGCCCGUAUCCAGCAAUAACGACACGGUUGUCGUGAAACUCGGUCUGCGGCUCUCUCAGCUCAUCGACUUGAAUCUCAAGGACCAGAUUCUUACGACGAACGUCUGGCUCGAGCACGAAUGGCAGGACCACAAAUUCAGGUGGGACCCGUCCGAGUACGGAGGUGUGACGGAACUAUACGUGCCGAGCGAACACAUUUGGUUACCCGAUAUCGUGCUGUACAACAAUGCGGACGGCGAGUACGGGGUGACAACCAUGACCAAGGCGAUCCUUCACUAUACGGGAAAAGUACUCUGGACACCGCCGGCCAUCUUCAAGUCGUCUUGUGAGAUCGACGUGCGUUAUUUCCCCUUUGAUCAACAGACCUGCUUCAUGAAAUUUGGAUCGUGGACCUACGAUGGAUUUCAGAUCGAUCUUAAGCAUAUCAAUCAAAACGUGGGUGACGACCAAGUGGAGAUUGGCAUUGAUCUACGCGAGUACUAUCCAAGCGUUGAGUGGGACAUCCUAGGGGUACCAGCCGAACGUCACGAAAAGUAUUAUCCCUGCUGUCACGAGCCCUAUAUCGACAUUUUCUUUAACAUAACGCUUCGUCGCAAGACGCUCUCCUACACGUUUCCGUGCGUGAGCAUCUCCUACCUCUCGGUGCUGGCAUUUUAUUUGCCGGCGGACUCCGGCGAGAAGAUUGCCCUUUGCAUCAACAUACUUCUCUCGCAGACAAUGUUCUUCCUCCUCAUAUCCGAGAUCAUACCGUCGACGUCGCUCGCUCUACCUUUACUAGGCAAAUACCUAUUGUUCACCAUGAUCCUCGUGGGCCUCUCGGUCGUCGUGACAAUCGUCAUUCUAAACGUUCACUACCGUAAGCCAAGCACACACAGAAUGGCGCCGUGGGUCCGGAGCGUCUUCAUUAGGCGCUUGCCGAAGCUCCUGUGGAUGCGCGUACCCGAAGAUCUCCUAGACGACCUGGCGGCCCAUAAGAUCUACGGACGAAACAAGGGGACUCAACGACAGGGUGACAGGGUCCAGCAGAUCAAAACACCGAGUAAAUUUAGCGCGGCGGUCGCCGCGGCCGUGCAGCAGUCCUCGUCACUCCUAUCGUCCCCAGAGUCCGUCAGAGGUCAGGGCUGCAACGGACUGCAGCACACAACUUCGGUACACAAUCGCUUCCUCGGAUACAAUGGAUUGCCGAGCCUCGUGUCGGGUCUCGAUGAAUCUAUGAGCGACCUCGCCAUUCGUAAGAAGUAUCCGUUCGAGCUCGAGAAAGCACUGCAUAACGUCAUGUUUAUCCAGCAUCACAUACAACGCCAAGACGAGUUUAAUGCGGAGGACCAAGACUGGGGCUUCGUUGCAAUGGUAUUAGAUCGGCUCUUCCUCUGGAUCUUUGCCAUCGCUUCUCUGGUCGGGACAUUCACGAUUCUCUGUGAAGCUCCGGCGCUCUACGACGACACUAAGCCUAUCGACAUGGAAUUAUCCUUGGUUGCGCGGCAAAUGUUCCUGCCAAACAAUCAACUUGACAAUUUGAUACAGCAUUAGAAGGAUUUUCUCAACUACCCCACUCCUCCUAAUCCACAUGAUCCCUCCUACUUUCGAAUUGAUUUUGAAUUUUAUU